AUGAAGAAGCUGACGAUCUCGAUCACCUUCUUCAUCAUCCUAAUUUCGUCUUCUUCUUCUCACGCUGAAGACGACGUCCUCUGCCUCAAAGGCCUAAAAAGCUCACUCACCGAUCCUUCAAAUCGACUCAGCACCUGGUCUUUCUCCAAUUCGUCAUCGUCUUCCUCGAUUUGCAAACUCACCGGAGUCUCCUGCUGGAACGCGAAAGAGAAUCGCAUUCUCUCUCUCCAGCUCCAAUCGAUGCAACUCGCCGGUCAAAUCCCCGAAUCGCUCAAGCUAUGUCGCAGCUUGCAAUCCCUAGAUCUCUCCGAUAACGAUUUCUCAGGCUCGAUUCCUUCCGAAAUCUGCUCUUGGCUUCCGUAUCUCGUCGCUCUAGAUCUCUCCGGUAACAAACUCUCCGGCUCGAUUCCGUCUCAGAUCGUCGAUUGUAAAUUCUUAAACAGCUUAGCUCUCAGCGAUAACAAGCUAACCGGUCCGGUUCCUUCUCAAUUAACCCGGUUAGACCGUCUCCGGAAACUUUCUCUCUCUCACAACGAUCUCUCCGGUUCGAUUCCCUCCGACCUCUCUCAAUUCGGAGAAGACGGGUUCACCGGCAAUGGCGGACUCUGCGGGAAGCCGUUACCGAAUUGCGGCUCUUUCAACGUGACGAUCAUUGUAAUCGCCGGCGUGAUUGGGGCUUUGGGGAGUGUUGGAUUCGGAUUGUUCUGGUGGUUCUUUAUCCGUAGUAGUAACAGGAAUGGUUACGGCGCCGGAAAAUGUAAAGACGAUAGUGAUUGGAUUGGUUUGCUGAGAUCACACAAGCUUGUUCAGGUGACUCUGUUUCAGAAACCGAUCGUGAAGAUUAAAUUGGCCGAUGUGAUCGCAGCUACGAACGGUUUCGAUUCGGAGAACGUCGUCGUUUCGUCGAGAACCGGAGUUUCGUAUAGAGCUGAUUUAGCUGAUGGCUCUGUUCUUGAGGUUAAGAGGCUUAGUGGUGGUGGUGUUGAGGUUAGUGAGUUUAAGUCUGAGAUGAACAAGUUGGAUCAAAUCAGUCAUCCGAAUUUGGUUCCGGUUCUUGGUUAUUGCGUUGUGGAAGAUGAGAGAUUGUUGGUUUAUAAGCAUAUGGUUAAUGGUACAUUGUAUUCUCAGUUGCAUCGUAUCGGUUUGGAUUGGCCGGUUCGGGUUAGGAUCGGAGUUGGUGCGGCUCGAGGACUAGCUUGGCUGCACCAAACGGGGUGUGUGCAUGGGUACAUUAGCUCGAAUGUGGUUCUUCUAGACGACGAUUUCGACGCUCGGGUUAUCGAUUACGGUUUAGGGAAGGUGGUUGGUUCUUGCGAUUCGAGCGAUAGCUUCGGUUUAGGGGAGUUUGGUUACGUUGCGCCGGAGUGUAUGGUUGCGAGUUUGAGUGGAGAUGUGUAUGGGUUUGGGGUUGUGCUUCUUGAGAUUGUUACGGGACAAAAACCGGUUUUGGUUAAGGAUGGUGAGGAUGGGUUUAAUGGUGGUUUGGUGGAUUGGGUGAGUAAGCAUUUGAGUGAUGGUAAGAGCAAAGAUGCGAUUGAUAAAAGGUUGAUUGGUAAAGGUUAUGAUGAUGAGAUCAUGCAAGUUUUGAGAAUCGCUUGUAGUUGUGUUGCGUCGUGGGAUAAAGAGAGACCGUUGAUGGUUGAAGUUUAUGAAUCUUUGAAGAGUUUGGGAGAUGGAUAUGGUUUCUUGUAUGAACAUAGCGAUGAGUUUCCACUGAUCUUUAACAAACUUACUGAGUAA